ACGGGUUUUAACUCUUGGCAAUCACCGCAUGACAUGCGCGCUAUGGGUGAUGCGGAUGAUGACGUUGGUAUAGUGAAUAUCUACAAGGCAGCGGGCUUUCAAGCCUCGGAUCUGCAUGGCAUGGGUUUUCAGCUCCGAUCUUUGCGAGAUGCAGGCUUCGCUGCGAAAGAGAUUUCCCACUUGGGGGAUUGCGCUGCGCUGAAACGUGCUGGAUACAGCAUGAUGGAGCUGCACAAUUUGGGCUUUGGUCCUGCAGAUUUGCGCUCAGUGGGAUUUGAGGCCAAGGACUUAUCGGCUUUGGGUCUAUCUUUGCGUGAGUUGAGAGACUUGGGUUGCGGCGUAGCAGAGAUUCGAGAAGUGAAUGGUGGCGUGGCGCCCUCGACGCUGAGGCAGCUUGGAUUCAGACGCCUGGCGGAAAGGCUUUAGAUGCUCUUUGAGCCGCGCUGCCGGCUGAACGUGUUGAUUCAUAUAUUCCUAGUACUUUGCAAGAGUUGGCGAAUAUACAGAUCAUGCCCUGUUUUGCAGCAGUCUUGAAAGUAAAGGCCCACAAAGUCAUAUUGUUGCUUCGACCUAAAGAACUUACACUAUCCGGAAGUCCAGUCAAUGUGAAGUGUUAAAUGUUUCAGGUUCUAUCGACAUCACAUGCUCCAUUUCUGGAUCAAGACGUAUAAUUCGAUGUUGUUCCACACAUUUUUAGUGUGUGGGGUUCUUACCUCCGCAUCCGCCUUCUGCUUCUCCUUCAUCCUGCUCCUCCUCCUCCGCCUCCUCCCUCAGCAACACACCAACUCAUCCCACAGCAACUCAACUCACUUUCAACAUAUCUCCCUCACCUUGAUCCACUCACUUCCACUCCCGCUCACUCACUUGCGCUCUGCGGGUUGUUUUUGCGUUGCCCUGUGUUUUUGCAUGUUUUUGCUCGCUCGAGUUCUGCUGACACGCAUACUGCUCUAAAAAAGGGAUCUAAAGGGUUCGUAAGGAAAGUCCACACUCACUCCACGCACGCACGCACGCACGCACCCACGCACGCACGGACGCACGGACGGACACACGCACGCACGCACGCACGCACGCACGCACUCACUCACUCACUCACUCACUCAAUCCAAAUAUACGAAUCGUCAUCAUGC